AUGUUUCGACAAAGGACGAGCUCCCAGAAGCCUGGGGACGACCUAUUAGCCAACUUCCGACAGCAGUUUCCUGACCUUGCCGCAGUCAGCACGUCGUCCGCUGCGCCAGGCCUUUCACAAACUACUGGUGCCGAAAACGCUCCCUCUUUACCACUGCCUGAAAGGAACCAUAAUCUCAAUCAAGAUGCCUUCCGUGACCAGGACCCAACUCCAAGGGCGACUAAUGACCCUUGGAGGUUUACACCCUCUCUUCUAGACCCUAAUUCUAUGUCGUUCGCCAGCUUUGCCAAUGCACCACCUGGCUACUACACACCUACACCCGGAGGCACCAAUACCCUGUUUCAUUCUCAGGCUGGCGACCUACAUACCCCGACCUUGGGAUUGGGUAUGGGCUUGAAUACGCCUCUGUCUAUGCCAACCUCGGCGGACUCGUUGCACCAUGGCCCAACCCAGCCCGUAAUGGAUAUGUCCGGCUUUCAGACUCUACAACCGCAUCAGUUCCACCAUUUCAACCCUUUUAUCCAGGCGCCCCCACCUCAACCAACCUUCGCGCCAUCCAGCUUUGUGCACCAAGAUACCGGCUACGAGACCAUGGACCAGGAUGGGUCACCAAUGGAUUCUGAUCCUUCCGAGGAGCGUAUGUCCUCCAUAGGCGUCACGCUUCAAAAGAACACCCCUUUAAUGGGUUUCCAGUCCAGACAAUACUCAAAUGGUCCCAUGUCCCACCCUUUACCUGCCUCAGCCGAGAAAUUCCGAUUCCAUUCAACCCUCAAUGCUCCUACGGCCAUGAUUAAGCAUGCAGAAGAAAUUCCCGUUACCUAUCUCAACAAAGGACAGGCCUAUUCGCUCUCCGUCGCUGAUACAAAUGCCACUAUGCCCGCCCCCCCCGGCACUAAGUACCGUACUUUUGUGCGGGUUUCCUUUGAAGAUGAGCAACAACGACAACGUCCAGGUGUUUGUUGGGGUCUUUGGAAAGAAGGCAGAGGCACCAAUGAGGCUCACCAAAGAGGCGGGAAGCUCCAAGCCGUUGAAUACGUGGAGGCAGGUCAGCCAGCAGAAGGCGACGACAAGAGGACUCGCGUGGAGCUUGAGUCUUCGUCCUUUGACGGUUUCUGCGUCACCUGGACACCUGGCAUCAACGGACCUCCUGAGGUUAAUAUUGCAGUGCGUUUUAACUUCCUUUCUACCGAUUUUAGUCACUCGAAGGGCGUUAAAGGUAUUCCUGUGAGACUUUGUGCGAAAACACAUCCGAUUCCUUGCGACCCUUCACAACCAGCUGCCGACGCCAAUCCAGAAAUUUGCUACUGUAAAGUCAAGCUUUUCCGAGAUCACGGAGCAGAAAGAAAGCUAUCGAACGAUGUGGCGCAUGUCAAGAAGUCCAUCGACAAGCUCAAACAACAAAUCGCACAGGCUGAGAGCGGGCUCAAAGACUUUGGCAAGCGAAAACGCUCAAGUGGGGCUGCAAAGGUGGGAGAGCCGCAACGGCCUGGCAAAGUGCAGAAGCACAAGCGAACGUGGUCCAUGUCUUCAGCCAGUUCUGCCGGAGGGAGUGGAAGAGUCACUAUGGAGGAAGACCUACACUUCAAGCUCCAAACACUACAAGACAUGUUUACCAGCACACGCCCCGUCAGUGUAUUGUUUCUCAGAGGUGACGAACCCGAUGACCCUGAUCUACACCCUGUUUCUCUUCCGGGAGAUAUAUCACCCCUAACUAAGCCGGGUGAAGGUCCCAACUGGCAGGCCAGAAGUGGACGAAGCUCUGUCACAGGAUCUAUCAUCUCGCCUUCGCCCAGCUCGCUGUCUCUAGCAUCACAAGCAUCUGGUAUUGGCGCCGCUCCCCAAUGGAAGAAUUUCGACUCCGUGGCGGGAGGUGACAUCUCACGCAAGGGCUCUGAGCAACCCACAAGGGUCAACAAGGGCGACGACGAUGGUAGCCUUAGUGGCUGGAUUGAAGCUCUGGGCGUAGACACCUCUUACCGACCACCACAGGAACGAAACCCCAAACCUGUGGCAUGCUUCUACGUCAAGCGACAGAACCCAGAUGACACUGGCAACACAGACUAUCACCGCGCUAUCUACCUAAUGCAGCGUUCGCUUCAAGAACUCAACACCCGAAUCGCGGCCAAGUGGGGUAUCGACUCUUCCCGAAUUCUUCGAACAAUCCAUUCUAUCCAGAACGGCCUCGAAGUGGAAAUGGACGACGAUGUGGUUAAAGAGCUCAAAGAGGGCCAAGAUAUGAUCCUUGAAAUCCAGGAAGUCACAGGACAGUCUGCAGUUAAACGAGAGUGGGAAAUGGCUGUUGACCCUACCGAAGGCAUUUCAGAGUCCAACAACAAAGCAACAAAUGGUUUCGUCCUCCGACUCACUUUCUAA